UAUGGAGUUUUAAAAAAGGAAAAAAUAAUUAAACGUUUCACGAUGACCUCCGUUGCCGUGGCUACACGUGAUGUUUCGGAAGUGUCCGUUUUUUGCAAUAUGGCUGUGCAGAGCUGGACAGCUCUCCUAAAAGCAUCCACGAAAACCGCGUUAAUACACGAUGGGAAAAGGAAGAUACACUAUCUCUUUGCAGAUGGGAAAGAAAUGGCAGAAGAAUAUGACUUGACAACAGAUGAGCUCAUUGUACGAAAGUGGCGUUUGAAAAGCACCUUGAAGGGACAGGGACCAUGGGAGAUAGAAGUUGGAGAGCCAGUCCCAUCUACUGUAGCCUGUUUGGAAUCAGAUGUUAUCAAGGAAAACUGUUCAAACCCUGUAUUUAUGCGCAAAGACACAAAGACCAGUUUCCAGUGGAGAGUCCGGAACCUUCCGUACCCCAAAGAGGUCUACAACAUUUCAGUGGAGCCUGAUCAACGAUGCUGCAUCAUACGAACGAAUAACAAAAAGUACUACAAGAAGUUUAAUGUUCCUGAUCUGGACCGAAGCCAGCUGCCAUUGGAUAGUUCCGCGCUCAACGUCACCCAUGCCAAUAACACGUUAAUCGUCAGUUACAAGAAGCCUAAGGAGAUAUUAACCCUUGAGCACGAGCUACUCCGGGAGGUGAAGAAACUGAAGGGAACCAGUGAAGGGGACGUCGACUGCAAAACACAAUGAAGUCCCAGUGUGGAUCUGAGGGGGUGUCACUCAAACAAGUUGUUUUUGAUUUGCACUGGUGAUGCAGUAUCCUGUAUGUUUUCUACUCUGAUUUCUGGUUCUCAAUGGGAUUCCACUAUUUGAACAUUUUUGCACAGUGCCUUGUCCAUACUUUCCAUUGUGUUUAUUGCGGUCGGGGCGGGGGGAUGUGGGAUUGAGACAGUGAAUUACAAACAUAGUUACUUGUUUAAAUUUGUUAGUUUUUGAUGGAACACUUAUAAGUGUUCUGUCAAAAAGGUAUUGAGAAAUGUCACUGCUGCUCUGUAAAAAGUUCUGAAUUGUUGUUGUCGAGAUACGAACACUUGGGUUCAUUACGUGAUGUUGUCCUUUGAAGAUUAAUACAAUUCCAUAACAUUGUUAACUGUCUCUACAUCUCUCCUUUCCCUCGACUAUGCAAACUAUUAGUUGUUAAAAUAGUCCAAACGCAGAGAGUUCAUCCCCCUCCCACAAUUCUUGGUCUCCUUCCCUUGUAAAACACUUUAACACACAA